AUGGAUGGAUUCCUCGCUCUCAACUUCCAGCCACUUUACAAUCAAUAUGGGGGCGAAACUCCCGGCGAAUGGACAACUGCUAUUCAGAAGCAUAUCGUCAUUGCCCCGCUAUGGACUAACAUUAACAGCCGAAAUAUAUCAAAUGGUGGUCUUUGGAUCCACGUAUUGACUGACAAAGACAAGUCUGACGUGGUAAAAAUCCAGGACCUCAUUCGCCAAUACACCAACCAGACUGAGUUUAAUGUCAGUGUGGCCCUGGUCGCCACGUGGAAACACGUUACUAUUCACUCGCCUUACGAACCCGGAUAUGAACUCGUCACUCAUCAGAACCUUUCCAUGCAAGUCAUAUUAGUGACAGAUGGUAUGUACACGUACAUUAUGUUCAACUACGACAGAGAACAAUUCAGCAUCAGACCACUAACGGGAGUACCUGUUGCCAGUGGUUUCACGCAUUUGGACUAUUCCGCAUCCGUUCUGUCAACAAGAAACAACUUUACAAAUCUAAAUAAGGAAUCAAACGUUUACCCGGGAUUUCCGGGCCGAUGGCUGUAUAACGUUACAACUAUAACCGCCUCAAUGUGGAAUGAGACCAGAUGUUUGCAGUUUGUGAAGGAAAAUAACCGCACAUUAAAGAGCUGGAUAACAGAACAGCUUGUGUAUGCACUACCAUGCCCCUGCCAAGAGGUGCUUAUGUUAGAGGAUUACACGUUUACUCGGAAAGAUGAGAUAUUACCUGGUAUUGGAACCAAGUUCACCCACACGACAUGCUACGAGUCCCGGUUCUUCAGCGCCUACGGGAUCAAACAGAGAUGCUGCUACAUGUUUAGCAAACUACAGUCUCAGUAUCCGGGGGCUGUAGCAGCGGAGUUUGAGAACACCACCAUUGCAUCACUCCUCCAGGAACGCUACUACCAGUGCUGCUCUCCUGAGGGCAGCCAGAAAUACUGUCACUUGUACCAGCAGAUCAAUCCGCCUGAUGACUGCUCCAGAUACACAAUCAGCGAUGAGAUACCACUGGAGGACAAGAAAGACACUCCACAAAUUAAAGACGUGUCGGUGGAUGUGGAGAAAUUAGCAACGAAUCCUCGAAAUCGGGUCGUGAGAAAUGUACAAAGUGAUGGUGAGCAGAGAAAAUCCAUAUCAAAUGUUGACAGUAUUAAUAACGUGUCCAUGUUUAUGACUAUGUACAGAAAUCUGAAAAAGAUGUUUGGGUUCGGAUAAAAAAAUAUGAUUUUUCCCGAAGGUAAUCAUAUAACUUGACAUGAAUUGACGUAUUGCAUAAUUUGUGUGCAGUAGCGUGUAAGUUUGAAGAAAUGUAUGUGGUGAUUUUUUCCAGUCAUAAACAUUAUUGUUUCCAUACAUAUAGAACAUGUUGCAGUGUUAGUGUAGUGUGUGUAUUGUGUGAUGAUGAUACCAGUAUUAACAUCGUGUGUUGACAUAUUAAUCAGAAAAGGUUGUAAUAUAUACACAUUAUUUUCAAUUUUAAAA